AUGGCCUACUUAAGCUCGGAAUCUUUACAUACACUUCCGGGUUAUUAUGAUUCGCGGGAACCGGAACCAUCCUCCAUCUUGUUCCCACGAGGCCCCCAAUGGACGAGGAGGUACCAGAGGACGCCGCACUUAGACCGCCUCAACGAUUGUUUCGUGUACACAGACCAAGGGCCCCCGAUGUACAGGCUGCUGGGGGCCCAUUACAAUAUGUACAAGAUCCCCGUGAAAACUGACUACCAUUUUACGGACCGUUCGUGUCAUUUCGAACUGCGACAGUACAACGCUCCGAACUACAGAAACGAGGCUCUGACAUUCCCACCCGGACCCCCGCCAGCCCAGGUGGCUGUUUACGACCAGCUGGUUACCGGGCCAGUUUCCGACAACCAGACUGCACCCACCAUGCAGACACGGAACAAUUAUUUUAGCAGCAUCCAGGCCUGGGAUAAGUAUCGAUACCUGCCGGGGCCGCCAACCGAGAAACAGAUGAACCGGAAAUUCUAG